UUCAGUGAGUUUUGUUUUCCACAGGAGCCGCCCAGGAGGCUCCUCAGGCCGACCCCAGACCCUGGCUGGCCAGGAUGAGGUAUCUCCGGCACCUGCGGCCCAAUGCCACCCUCAUUCUGGCCAUCGGCGCUUUCACCCUCCUCCUCUUCAGUCUACUAGUGUCACCACCCACCUGCAAGGUCCAGGAGCAGCCACCGGCGAUCCCCGAGGCCCUGGCCUGGCCCACUCCACCCACCCGCCCAGCCCCGGCCCCGUGCCAUGCCAACACCUCUAUGGUCACCCACCCGGACUUCGCCACGCAGCCGCAGCACGUUCAGAACUUCCUCCUGUACAGACACUGCCGCCACUUUCCCCUGCUGCAGGACGUGCCCCCCUCUAAGUGCGCGCAGCCGGUCUUCCUGCUGCUGGUGAUCAAGUCCUCCCCUAGCAACUAUGUGCGCCGCGAGCUGCUGCGGCGCACGUGGGGCCGCGAGCGCAAGGUGCGGGGUUUGCAGCUGCGCCUCCUCUUCCUGGUGGGCACAGCCUCCAAUCCGCACGAGGCCCGCAAGGUCAACCGGCUGCUGGAGCUGGAGGCACAGACUCACGGAGACAUCCUGCAGUGGGACUUCCACGACUCCUUCUUCAACCUCACGCUCAAGCAGGUCCUGUUCUUACAGUGGCAGGAGACAAGGUGCGCCAACGCCAGCUUCGUGCUCAACGGGGAUGAUGACGUCUUUGCACACACAGACAACAUGGUCUUCUACCUGCAGGACCAUGACCCUGGCCGCCACCUCUUCGUGGGGCAACUGAUCCAAAACGUGGGCCCCAUCCGGGCUUUUUGGAGCAAGUACUAUGUGCCAGAGGUGGUGACUCAGAAUGAGCGGUACCCACCCUAUUGUGGGGGUGGUGGCUUCCUGCUGUCCCGCUUCACGGCCGCUGCCCUGCGCCGUGCUGCCCAUGUCUUGGACAUCUUCCCCAUUGAUGAUGUCUUCCUGGGUAUGUGUCUGGAGCUUGAGGGACUGAAGCCUGCCUCCCACAGCGGCAUCCGCACGUCUGGCGUGCGGGCUCCAUCGCAACGCCUGUCCUCCUUUGACCCCUGCUUCUACCGGGACCUGCUUCUGGUGCACCGCUUCCUACCUUAUGAGAUGCUGCUCAUGUGGGAUGCGCUGAACCAGCCCAACCUCACCUGCGGCAAUCAGACACAGAUCUACUGAGUCAGCAUCAGGGUCCCCAGCCUCUGGGCUCUUGUUUCCAUAGGAAGGGGCGACACCUUCCUCCCAGGAAGCUGAGACCUUUGUGGUCUGAGCAUAAGGGAGUGCCAGGGAAGGUUUGAGGUUUGAUGAGUGAAUAUUCUGGCUGGCGAACUCCUACACAUCCUUCAAAACCCACCUGGUACUGUUCCAGCAUCUUCCCUGGAUGGCUGGAGGAACUCCAGAAAAUAUCCGUCUUCUUUUUGUGGCUGCUAAUGGCAGAAGUGCCUGUGCUAGAGUUCCAACUGUGGAUGCAUCCGUCCCGUUUGAGUCAAAGUCUUACUUCCCUGCUCUCACCUACUCACAGACAGGAUGCUAAGCAGUGCACCUGCAGUGGUUUAAUGGCAGAUAAACUCCGCCUGCAGUUCCAGGCCAGCCAGAAACUCCUGUGUCCACAUAGAGCUGACAUGAGAAAUAUCUUUCAGCCCAAGAGAGAGGGGUCCUGAUCUUAACCCUUUCCUGGGUCUCAGACAACUCAGAAGGUUGGGGGGAUACCAGAGAGGUGGUGGAAUAGGACCGCCCCCUCCUUACUCGUGGGAUCACAUGCUGUAAUGGUGGAGGUGUGGGCAGAGGAGGGAAGCAAGUGUCCUUUGAAAGUUGUGAGAGCUCAGAGUUUCUGGGGUCCUCAUUAGGAGCCCCCAUCCCUGUGUUCCCCAAGAAUUCAGAGAACAGCACUGGGGCUGGAAUGAUCUUUAAUGGGCCCAAGGCCAACAGGCAUAUGCCUCACUACUGCCUGGAGAAGGGAGAGAUUCAGGUCCUCCAGCGGCCUCCCCCACCCAGUAUGUUUUACAGAUUACGGGGGGACCGGGUGAGCCAGUGACCCCCUGCAGCCCCCAGCUUCAGGCCUCAGUGUCUGCCAGUCAAGCUUCACAGGCAUUGUGAUGGGGCAGCCUUGGGGAAUACAAAAUUUUGUGAAGACUUGGAAAUCUUUUUUUUUUUAAGCAAAUUUACAAGUUUCGACAGACAAGUCCACAUUCAUCCCUAAAAGUCUCAUUUUCCAGUAGAAAAUAUACACUGGUAAAAACGGGGCAUGGGGCCGUGGCUCAGGGCUGUAAUUCUAGCACAUUGGGAGACCAAAGUGGGAGGAUCACUUGAGCCCAGGAGUUCUGGAUCCUGUCUCUGCACAAAAUAAAAAAUUACUCAGGCGUGGUGGUGCUCACAUGCCUGUAGUCCCAGCUAUACUUGGGAGGCUGAGGCGAGAGGAUCGCUUGAGCCCAGGAGUUGGAGGCUGCAGUGAACCAUGAUUGUGCCACUGUACUCCACUGGGCGGCAAUAAGAAGACAAAAACAUAAAACAGGACAUGUGUGAGGCAAAAGCUGCAGGAAUUUCUAUCAGGCAGAUCUGACCUCAUCCCACCCACCCCCUGCUCAGAUACCCUUCAUAGCUCCUUAUUGCUUUCAGCUCAUAUCCCCACAU